CCGUGAGUGAGUAGGAGCCCAGCAGACGCCAUGAGCAGUGUGGCGGGGAGCAGGGAGAGAGGCUGUCCCUUGACACAUGUGUUUCCCGUUGAUCGCUGGAGAAAGCCCAGUAGCUACAAGUCAGCUUGCUAAAGCCAGACUGAAGUAUAGACAGAGUACGGUUUCAAAGCAGCCCGAAAAAGAACGGGAAUGCUGUUCAGGAAAUUCUUCAGGCAUGGGCAGGGACUUGGCUACAGUUCUGCAGCUGGAAAAUCUGACUGGGGCAGCUUCUGAACGCAGGCAGGGCCUGCUCACGCUCAGCAGGCUGAGUGGCCGCCUGCUUCCCAGCUGCUCAGCACACCCAGGACCGCAGGCGGUUGCCUUCGGCCACUUUGUGAAGCGGAGGAGAUGCCUCAGGAGCAGUACACACACCACAGGAGCACCAUGCCCAGCUCCGAAGGGCCACAGGUAUACAAAGUGGGGAUUUACGGCUGGCGGAAACGAUGCCUGUAUUUCUUUGUCCUACUCCUCAUGAUUUUAAUAUUGGUGAACUUGGCCAUGACCAUCUGGAUUCUUAAAGUCAUGAACUUCACAAUUGAUGGAAUGGGAAACUUGAGAAUCACGGAAAAAGGUCUAAAGCUAGAAGGAGACUCAGAAUUCUUACAGCCUCUCUACGCCAAAGAAAUCCAGUCCAGACCAGGUAAUGCCCUGUACUUCAAAUCUGCCAGAAAUGUGACCGUGAACAUUCUCAACGAUCAAACUAAAGUGCUAACUCAGCUGAUAACAGGUCCAAAAGCUGUAGAAGCUUAUGGCAAAAAGUUUGAAGUAAAAACAGUUUCUGGAAAAUUGCUCUUCUCUGCAGACGACAAUGAAGUGGUAGUAGGUGCUGAGAGAUUAAGAGUUUUAGGAGCUGAGGGCACAGUUUUCCCUAAGUCUAUAGAAACACCUAAUGUCAGGGCAGACCCCUUCAAGGAACUAAGAUUGGAGUCCCCAACCAGGUCUCUGGUGAUGGAAGCCCCCAAGGGAGUAGAAAUAAAUGCAGAAGCAGGCAACAUGGAAGCCACCUGCAGAACCGAGCUGCGACUGGAAUCCAAAGAUGGAGAGAUUAAGUUAGAUGCUGCGAAAAUCAAACUACCUAGACUGCCUCAUGGAUCCUACACCCCCACGGGAACGAGGCAGAAGGUCUUCGAGAUCUGCGUCUGCGCCAAUGGGAGAUUAUUCCUCUCCCAGGCAGGAACCGGUUCCACUUGUCAGAUAAACACAAGUGUCUGCCUUUGAGAGACUCUCCAGAGUGGACACUGUCGGCAACGUGAAGGCCUUUUUCUGGCUUUAGACACUGGCUGCCGGCUCUUUUUACUAGAACACAGAAAGCCUAUCAAAGACCUUUUAUGUGUGAGUGUGUGUACACGCGUGAGUGUGUUUGUGUGUGUGAGUGGAUAUAAAUAUAUAUAUAAAUAUAUAUAAAUAAAUAUAUAUAUAUCCUCUGUAUAAAAUGAGGUUUCAGUACAAAAGGAACCAUGGGUGACCCUGUGAUACCCACCAUCAUUUUCCAUUCCAUCACCACCAUCUACAAGACAAAGUCUAAAUACUAAUUCACACUCAAUAUUCCUUAGGCCAGUGAUGGUGAACCUUUUAGAUAGUUCAAUGUUACGAACAGCCCACUGUGGCCAGAGGUUCACCAACACUGCCCUAGACCAUUCGGGAUCACACUGUGCAUUGAAAAGAAUAUUCAUCAACACGUUCAAGUAAUAGCAUAUCUUCUCUUCCUGUGUCACUGAGGCCACGAUGGUGGGAAUCUCCAAGUCAAGCCAAGCACUGAAAUCUUUGUAUCAAAAAUAGACAUUUUGAAUGGGGAGGUGCUGCUUAUUAGCAUAACGUGUGCUUAGCAUGUGUGAGGUCCUGUGUUCAUCCCCACUGUCUCACACACACACACACACACAAACACACUAGACAUUUGGCUUCCCUUUUUUAGUUUUCAAAGACUGGCCAGCUUCUACCUUCAAGUAACGGAUGGGGCAGUGCCGUUAAAGUCAGCCAUAAGAACUCAAAAUGGCCACCCCACAAUUACAGCCCAAUGUAUUGGGGCUUUUGUUCCUGGAUGAAUGAGGAGGAUGAAUUUGGACAAAUUCUAAACUGCUCACACAACUUCUGCUUAUCUUACUUCCUUUAAAACUCACAUAUUCUCCCGCAGUCAAAAUAAGAGUUGUAAAUCAGCACAUAAUAGGAGAACAGCUGCUCUUCACUCGGCUGGAAGCUACUCAACGGCAUGGGAGCAAAGAAUAAACGGGCGAUAUGUCUCUGCUCAAAGGAAAAA